AUGAUUAAUACUAGUACAGCAAAAGGUCCAUUGAACGAAGAUCGUACAUCCGAUGAUAGUAGUAGUAAAGACACAAACUCAUCAAAUUAUAUACAAGACGAUGAAGAUGAUCCAUUUACUUUUCGUAGUCGAAAAUCGUAUCCCCAACGAAAUAAUCGACCGAAAUUAAAUUAUCGUGAUCUCGAAAAAGGUCUAUACGAUGCACAUGAACUUCGACAGUCUACGUGGGCACUUGGUGGUCCAACGUUAUUAGAAAAAAAUAGUCGUAGUGGUAAAACUUCAAACACUAUUGAAUACAGUGAUGAUGAAGAAGAAGAUAUGGCUGCUAACGAAGAAAAUAAUGAAAUAUUAAUUAAAAAAACUGAUAAAUCCAAUGAUGAUAGUGAUCAAAUGCAUCGACGCCUGUGGUGUAUAUGUAAAAAACCAUGGGACCAUUCUAGACUUAUGCUUCGAUGUGAUUCAUGCGCUAAUUGGUAUCAUGGAGAUUGCAUUGGUGUUACUAAAGAACAAGCAAGAGUUCUUGAUAUGAAUGGCGAUCAAUUUGUUUGCCCGCCAUGUAAAGGAGUAACAUCAAAUUCAGAAGUAAAAUCCCGAAGAUCAUCUGAUGAAUCAAUGAAUAUCAAACGCAAACGUCUAGAUGCCGCAUCACCCAGUGAUCGUAAGGAAGGAGAAAGAAACGGAAAUUCUAUUAUAACAAAAAACCUAACAAAUUCUGAGCCAUUGAAACGACCCAAAACUGGAAUUUUCUUCCAACGUGAUCCAGUAGUAGAACCACAAAUUCAUUGUAUAGUACAUGGAUGUAGCAAUUGGGCAAAAUCCGGGUGGGUUUAUUGUUCACCAGCAUGCAUUCGCCGCCAUAUUAACGAAACACUUCAAACUAUUCAACGAAGCAAAGGAAUGGAUAAUGAUAUUCCAGCAACUCGUGAAGAUGUUUUAUUGUAUGAAAAUCGAACAAAAAAAGUUCUCGAUAGAAAAUUAGUUCCUAAAAUCGAAGAUUUAUGUACAUGGAUAAAUCAACAUCCAUCAUAUGAAAUUGUUAAACCCGCUUUACGACAAUCCAUUCUAUUAACAGCAAAUGAAUCAAAAUCAUCUUCCAAUACAGGGUUAGUACGCCAGCCAUCAGUUGUUAAUCCUACAACACCAAAAACUCCAACGACACCAACUUCAACUAAACCAAAACUUUCAUGGGCACCAGUUGUACCUAAUACGAAACCAAUACCAAUAAAGAAAGCUCCAGUUCAACUUGCCAAACCAGUAGCUACGACAUCAAAUGCAGCUCGUACAUCUUCUGUUCAAAAUUAUGCUGAUAUUCGAAUGAAAGUUCCUCAAGCUUUAUAUGACAAAUUAAUUAUGAGAUUAGAAAAAAGUGGUGAAAAACUUGUCACAAAUGACGAGAUGCGAAUAUUAACCGAUAAAAUAGAAGAAGAAAUGUAUCGUGUUUAUGGUAAAGUUGAUAAUGCAUAUAAAAACAAAUUUCGUUCAUUAUUGGCUAAUAUUACGAAUAUGAAUAAUAAUUUCUUUUAUAAGCAUCUACUUUCAAAAGAAGUCACACCUAAACAAAUUGUGGCUAUGAAACCUGAAGAUAUGUUACCACCUGAGGAAAAAGAAAAGCGUAAAGAUGAUUUCGAAAAAGAAGUUCAAAUGAUAAUUAAAGCUGAAGAACAAACAGCUGAAGAAAUGGCUAGACGAGCUCGAACUAAAGUUACUCGACAAGGUCUUAUUGAUAACGAUUCAGUUCUGCCCGUAUAUAAGACUAAUGAACAAAAUCCAAGCGAAAUGAAAGAAACUGAGCCAAACUCUUCUGAUACAUCUAAAACAAAUCGUGAAACGACAAAAACAGAAAAGAGUACAACUUCAAAAACAAUUGUUAAAACGAAAAAGCCAAUUAGUUCGACGCCUGGUCAAAAGCCCGCUGUAAAGCCUAAGCCAAAGACGCAACCAAUAGCUACAUCAAAUAAAGAUGCAACAUCAACGCAUGGUCACCAUACAUUUGAUAUCAAUUGUUCAAAAUGUACCAAUGGAACAAUAUCUAAGUCAACAUCUCCAAAACCUUCUCCACCAAUGGCUCCUAUCGAAAAUAUUCCUGAACCAUCCGAGUCAAUUCCAACUAAAACUAUCAACGAAAUUCCAAAACCUCCAUCUAUAUCACCAACUCAUGAAGAACCCAGUGAAUCAUCAAAUCCUAUAUUUUCAUCAGCUGAUCUUGAUAAUGAUUAUAUUGAACCUGAAAGUCCUACAGGCAUCGAUGCUCUACUUUAUGAUGAUGACGAUGAUUUAAAUAAUGUCAGUAUUCAUUCUCGAUCGUCAAUCGUUCAACAACCGCAACCACAACAUUCCGAGUCGCCCAGUGAUAAUAAUGAAUGUCUCGCAUCAGCCCCACAAGGCAUUCGUGAUGAUUAUAAUCCUCUAGCUGCAUCGAAACCUAAAACUGAUACUACACAAAUAUAUCAACCGACGCCAAUAGCUCGUUCAUCAAGUAUAGAAAAUCAAUGGCGUGGUGUUAUUCUUCCACCUGAUGUUAAAAUUCCAUGUCAAUCUCUACGUAUCUACGGUGAAAGUGAUUAUCUUAUUGGAGAUAUUCCAGAACAGCUCGGUAUUCUUGGUCGACUUCGACUUGGUGACCUUUGGGAUUAUAUUCGUGAUUCCAUUGCUGUUCGUGAUGUAAUUAUUCUAACGCUUGUAUCAUCAAAUAAUAAUGAGAACAAUGCAUUCUCACGAUAUGUUGAUACAAUGCGUGUUUCAGGACGAGCUGCUGUUAUUAAUAAACGAUCAGAACCGUCGUUAAUUCGUGAUAUGUAUGUUUUAGCAGCUGACACGAAAGAUUGUCCACCCAAUGUUAUAUCAACACUUGCAUUAUCAACAAACACGGAUCCGAAACAAUUAUUUCUUGUUGUUAUUGGAUCUGGUAAAAGAACAAAAUCCACAAACCGUCCAAAUCAAAGUCAAUCGCUGAGUAGUAUAACUUAUAAGCCCGUGUCAUUACAAGAAUCUGUAACUGCAAGAGAUCCACGUCUGUCGAGAAAUAAAGAUCCACGAUUAGGUGGACCUACUGCUACAGAAACAAUACCAACUAUGAAUCCUAGUCCUCCAACGUCACAAUCAAUGUAUACUACUAAUACAAAAACAAUUCCCACUGAAUAUUCCACUGAAGAUUUAGUCAAGUUAAUAUCUGAUUCAUUUGACCAUAUUCGUCGUGCUUCAUCACUUGAUGCCAUUCGCCCAAUAGUUAUGUCGACUAUGGAACUUUUAAAGUCCAGUGGACGUGAAGAUCUAUGUACACGUUUUACUAAUGAACUACAUACUAUGAUGUUAGAAGAAAAUUUAAAAAAAGAAACUAAUGUGACUUCAGCUCAUACAGAUGGAGAUAAUUUAAAUGAAGAAAAUAUGGAAGUCGACGAAGAACAGGAUGAUAAACAGAAAAAGCAAUUAAACAUAAGUGAAUUUAACGACGUUGAUUAUCGUUUUCUUGGUCAAGAUAUGGAUCAUCGUAUAGCAACAACAACUGCGCCUGAAAAUGAUCAUCAUAAUGAACGACGCAAAGAUGCUAUGAGAAAAUCACGUUUUUCCGAUGUGAUAUCAAGUCAUCGUGAUGCGGAUGAUCGUACAGUAAAAUCAAGUUUAAUGAUAGACGAAAGAGAGAGAAAACCAACUAUGAUUGGUAAUGAUUUAGAUUUUCGUACUGGUGAUGCUAAAAGACUAUCACCAAAAUGA